AUGAAUGGCUGGCCUAUAAGCAGUGGUCGCGCGAAUUCCGAUGUAAUAUAUGUGAACGCCGCCGGUACUCCUGUUAUCGUACUUAACUCUGCUGAGGCGGCGUAUGAUCUUCUGAAGAAGAGGUCCUCCAUUUACUCUGACCGAAUGCGCAUGGCAAUGGUCAACGACCUGAUCGGUGCUAAUUGGUUCUUUACUUUCAUGGGGUAUGGUCAAGAUUGGCGAGUGCGUCGACAGGCGUUUCACCAAGAAUUCCACCCUGCCGCGGCUGUAAAAUAUCGGCCGAGACAAGUGAAGGUUGCCCGCGAGCUCUUGAGGCAUCUUCUGGCCGAUCCGGAUGCAUUCCUGGAGCAUCUUCGCCACAUGUCCGGCGCUUUGAUCAUUAGCGUAGUGUAUGGACUGGACGUGCCGCCAAAAGAUGACCCGUACAUCGCGAUCGCCGAAAAGGCUAACCACGCCCUGAUCAUGGCAGGCAAUGCCGCGCUGACUUUGCUACCCAGUGAAACACAUACCGACAUGGUUUCCCGGGGCCCACUUCAAGCGCCAAGCGUUGGAGUGGAGAAAGCCAAUGACGGACAUGAUACAGGUUCCGUUCCAGCCGUCAAGGAAGCCAUUGCCGACGGUGUAGCCUCCCCUUCCGUGGCCAUGUCGCUACUGAGCAAGUUGAACGAGGAUGACAAUUAUACAGAGUACGAAUACGUUUACCGAGGGGUAGCUGCAGCUGCGUUUUCCGGAGGAGCUGAUACGACUCUGUCCGCCUUGGGUUCGUUCUUCCUCGCAAUGGUCCUCUACCCAGCCGUUCAACGAAAGGCCCAAGAGGAACUCGAUCGCAUCGUGGGGCGAGACCGUCUCCCAGAAUUCUCGGACGAACCUUCGUUGCCGUACGUGACUGCCGUCAUCAGAGAGCUCUUGAGGUGGCGACCGCUAGCUAUUCCUCAUCGCCUCAUGGUGGAAGACGUGUACCGCGGCUACCGGCUUCCUGCUGGUUCGAUGGUCGUGGGCAACGUAUGUUCCGUGCUCGCAUCCUUCGAUAUCAUGAAAGCUGUGGAUGUGGAUGGUAAGGAGAUGGAGCCCACGGGAGAGUACUCUACUGGGAUAAUAAGGUACGUCUAG